ACUGUUACUUCAGAACGAAAAUUUUCGUUGUAAAUCGGAAAGUCGGAAAGUUGCAUCGGUUACAUAGUUUCUCUCUCAUCCACACAAAAACGUCAUCGGCAGAUGUUGAGUUGUGUGGCGUGUAUGUGUGCGUGUACAUGCGAGAGGAAACCCUCACUAGUCGUUUUAUUAUUACCAACACGGGAUGGACGGAUGGAGAAUCUGGCUUGGUCCAGUACAGUAGUCCAAGUUGGUUAGUCGAGUAGAGCAGAAAAAGCUUGUUCGGCAGUUUCGCAUGUAUUUGUGUCCGGAGUCCCUAUUGCGAUUGUUCUACGUCGUCUGUGCUCGAUGCAGCUGACUAUCGAUGAAUUAUAAAAAAUAGGAAAAAAAAACAUCUCGCCUACUAUAUUAUUCGUUUCACGUUAUUCUCGAAACAUCGAUAUAUUCUUUCACGAUUUCACGACGUUGUUUUACGAAUCAGUCACUCAUUCUGCUCUGUUCUUCGUUCUUAUUCGUUUUUUUUCUCCGCCCCGUCUGCCCGAACUCACUCCUCGCAUAUAUCUCCCAAUUGUCGCAGAACUUAUUAUUCGCUGCUGUGUGCCUGCGUGUGUGACACAAAAGUCAUCGUUUGACAAGACACCCUGUAUUUCCGAUGCUGACGAGAUUGACAUACCCGACCAAUAAAAACGGACAAAAAUGUCUGGCAGCAGUGAUUCUGAAGAAUUUUUCGAUGCCGAAGAUGACAGUUUCAAUCGCACCUCAAGAAGAAGCAGAGCCCGUGAGUCUGUCUCGACUGAGACAAGUGAGGAGAAAACGACAACUGCAAAGACAUUGCAGGACGACGAAGUUUUUGUGAAGCCCGCUGAACCAAAACAACCGACAGAAACCACUAAAAACCGUGUAGAGGCUGACAGAAAAUCUAGUGCCGCCAAAGCUGAGGAAGAUACAAGAGUGACGAGCAAUGACACGAUCAUUGAUAGAAGAAGAUUCCGGGAGUUGAGACAACGUAUGCAAACUGAAGAUGAUGACAUACCGAUAAACAGUUCACCGCCGGAUAGUCAAACUUCGUCAAUCGAGGGAGUUUAUCCAACACCAUCGAAGACUUCGCAUCCAUUCAGAAUAAUAGAGCACGAUACGUUGAGUAUGCAGAGUAUGACAUCAUUGGGCCGAGUAGGAAGAAUAUUAGCAGGUGGUUCAGACAGCGUUUCGGGAAUCGUACAGAGUGGACAACCGGCACCGACGGCACCAAAUUUAACUCGAAGCAGUCAAAUGUCAUCGAUCGCAAGUAUACCGAGUAGAGACGAUGAACCUGCCUCCGGCAAAGUUUCACAAUCUUCGAGCGUUCUCACUCUCUCUGGUGACGUUCUUCAAGAAAGUCCCGUUAACGGUAGAAACGAUUAUGCCGAUACUCCAGGAAUCGUCGCUCAGAGCGUCCGUCUACAAGAACCCGACGUUAUUGCGAGUACCAAAAACAAUGGAAAGACUAUGGAAAUUUUGGAGGUACCCAGUGGCGUAUCCGGCGCACCUGUUGCACCACCGAGACGCAAAAAGAAAUCAAAACCACAGACACCGACUGACCUCGCUCCGACCUCGACCGACUCUUCGGUGACAGCAUCAGCACUGCCAAGUCCAGCGAGUACGAUAGAAUCGAUAACACGUGAAUUCGAGCAUUCGCUCGACAUACGUUCAGCGACUAAGGGACAAUACGUCGUAAAGCCUCAGGCAAGUUUCUCUAGAAGUAAUUUCAUCCUUUACCUCAGGGAUGGCCAAAUUGCAGCGCAAGAAUCGCCCUCCAAAGGAUUUUUUAUGGCCCGCCGAAACAUCCGGGACGAGGACAAAUCCAAAGCGGAAGGGCCUUCGUGCGAUGAACUCGAACGACUUGAGAGAAUGAAAGCUGAACUUCUGAGCAUCCGUUCUAGUGAUAAAUCUAGCAGUCCUAUGGGAUCCAUUUCCAGCAAUAGUAUUGGACGUUAUUCACUGGGUCCUCAUAAAAUACCAGGAUUCAGUCCUCAAGGCUCACGAGAGAGACGGAAAUCUGCUGGUGAUCAGGAUACGGUUAAGCAGCUCAACAUGUUUGUACGUACCAGAACGGAUUCGGGAAAAAGGCUGACUGACAUGGAAAUACUAGAACAAGUGACUGUUCUAAAUUUGGAUACGGGUGAGAGAGUACCAUUGAGCAUAGCCGAAGACAAAUUGCCGCAGUGUAUAAAUCCACUAUCGCUGCAUAUUAUGAGGUUGACAUCGGAAUACAUAAGUAAUUCGAGUUUGGAAAAGGAGAAGGAGAGUGACGAGGAGAGCGUGGACAGUAAAAUGUCGUCGAUACCACCGGACGAUGAGGUGACGGUGGGUCGGGUACGUAGGAAAACGCAAAAAUUGAAGAAAUUUUUCGGCUCAACGGUGAAGAAAACAAUGUCGAAAGCAAAGUCGAUAGCUCAAGAAGUUUCACACGCUCGGCACAAGGAGGAUGUGAUGGAUAUCGUAGACGAUGUUUAUCCUGGUGAACCACAGUGCAUAAAACUCAAAGCGUCCAACAGUCAUAAGGGUCCUUACGAAUUCUCGUGUCUGCAACAUGUUCAAGAUCUGAGCGGAGAGCACGUUGGUCCAGUCUGGUGUAUGAAAUUCUCCGUUUGCGGUCGUUUAUUAGCCACCGCUGGUCAAGAUCGUGUUUUAAGAAUUUGGGUAUUGAGGGAUGCCUUCACGUACUUUCAGGAUAGAAGAACGAAGUACAACGCAGAGAACGUUAGUCCCACACCGUCUCAAGAGUCUUUGGUUUCGCAACAGUCUCUGGAAGAUCCGAACGUAGUAGCCAACGCUUUCAGUGAGAUCGAAGGGACGAAAAGUCCUUUUAUGCCUAAACCAUUUUGCACGUACACUGGACAUACCUCCGAUUUGCUCGAUGUUUCGUGGUCGAAAAAUUACUUCGUUCUCUCGUCUUCGAUGGACAAAACUGUGAGACUUUGGCACAUUUCGCGAAAAGAAUGCCUCUGUUGUUUCCAGCACAUAGAUUUCGUAACUGCGAUUGUAUUUCAUCCUCGAGACGACCGUUAUUUUCUCUCGGGUUCGCUCGAUGGUAAAUUACGACUGUGGAACAUACCUGACAAGAAAGUCGCCGUUUGGAACGAAGUCAAUGGACAAACAAAACUCAUUACGGCUGCAAAUUUUUGUCAAAACGGCAAAUUCGCCGUUGUCGGCUCCUACGACGGACGUUGUAUUUUUUACACUACCGAACAGUUGAAGUAUCACACGCAGAUUGACGUAAGAUCGACUCGGGGUAAAAAUUCACGUGGACGAAAAAUAAGCGGUAUUGAACCAAUGCCUGGUGAAGAUAAAAUACUCGUUACUUCUAAUGACAGUCGUAUAAGACUCUAUGAUCUUCGAGAUCUCAACUUAUCGUGCAAAUACAAGGGCUAUGUGAACGUAAGCAGCCAAAUAAAAGCGAGUUUCAGUCCCGAUGGGCAAUACAUCGUUAGCGGCUCCGAAAAUCAAUGCAUUUACAUUUGGAAAACUCAUCAUGAUUAUUCGAAAUUCUCAAGCGUCCGAAGGGAUCGUAACGAUUUUUGGGAAGGAAUCAAAGCCCAUAACGCCGUCGUGACUUGUGCCGUUUUUGCACCGAAUCCUGAUAUUAUUAUACGACAAAUCGAAGCCAGAGAACAAUGGGAGGCGAAAGAUGAGUCGAAAAAUGGAGCGGGAACGAGCAAUAUUUCACCGCCCGUUGAUCCUGUUGUUGAACAACGUACCAAAGGUUGUGGUGGUCACGUUCUCGUUAGUGCUGAUUUUAAUGGAUGUAUCAAAGUCUUUCUCAACAAGACUAAACCAAAGCAUAGCUCUUUACCUGCUUCGGCACUAGCAUAAAAGCAAUCUCGUUGUAACAUACGCUCUUUCGAAUGAAGGAAUAAUUUUUUUUUCUCAUUGUUUUUUUUCGGGGAUCCGCUGAAUGUUCCGUCGUGUUCAGAACGGAAUUAAUUUUCCUUUUCCAACAAUCUGUAAAUAAUUUUGAAGUUUUUUUUCACCACAAUCACAGUUAUCCCAAAAAUCUUUAAAGUUCUUGAUAUUUUUUCAAAUUAAAAAGUGUCGAAAGUUCACGUUAUGACCAUUAUUGUUUUAAUGUUCCCUUGAGCACUUAUAACCAAUCUGGUUCAUCGUUCUUCAUUUCUUUUUUGGACACGACUUGACCUUUGGUACUUUUCUAAUUUUACUCUUUUCAUCUCCGCCGCUCUGUGUCAAAGAAAAAAUGUAAUAGACACAAAUUUCGUGACGACCCGAUUCAUUUUCGUCAUUGUUCACGCGAAUUAAAUCGUGAUGCAAUCGCACGGUAAACAUUCAGGAAAUUAGUAGAAAGUAUUAUAUCCGGUGAAAGUCGAAUCAACGGGACAUUUUAUUAACAGCAUAUUUUGUUUUUUUUUUCUUCUAAUUGUGAGAACUUCUAUGUUUACAAAUUUGUAUCUUUUAAAGAAAUAUGAAAUCGCAAAUGAUUUUAAAACCUUACGAAAAUUCAAGAAUAUUUGACAGUUGUCAUUACUCCAAUUGGAAAACCAAGCAUUUUCUCACUGUCACUAAGCGCGUGUGAUUGCGUCACUGCUUUCAAUUUGCCACUCUCCAUGGGACAAGCCCUUAGUGGAGCUAACGCAAUAACCGACGAAUACUCGAGGAAUGUUGUGCGCACGUAUGCGUGCACGAACGAUAGAUGAAAUUAUUCGCUUGCGUCUCAAAAGAAGCAGCUUUCACUGGGCCAUUGCACAAGCAUUCGUAAAAUAACUGAUGAAAGCUCGCUCGAUUAUCGUGAAUCUUUGUCCUUGGGCUUAUGAGAGUAAAUGCUCACGUGUAUUUCAAUUUUAUCAUGAACAUUGUACUCCAAAAACUACACUGGAUUGUCGGAUGCAGUUUGAAUAUGAUUAGUUUAUUACCAAUUCGAUAAUUAAGGAAGAUCCGAGGCAGAACAACAAAUUUUUAAAUAUAUCGAUGUCGUAUUUCUUGACAACAAAUUACACGCUAAUUCUAGCAUCAUUUUACAGCUCAAAUCUAUGUAUUUCUCUUUUCUAUUAUGUUUUCAAUCUCGAGGAUUGCGGUCUUUGUAAAAUCAUUGUUUCGCCCGUUCAGGAUAUUGGAGUAUAUUCGACGGUCUCUUUGGUGGCAUUGAUUUUCUCGGAUUCGCAUACUUCGUUCAAUGUCAACGUCGAAUGUUAUUUUCUCAUCGUGAUUUUGAGCGUGUUAUUUAAACUGAAAGAAAAACUACGAUAAGAAAUAUAGAAUUUUUAUUUUGAGUAAAAGUAUGAUAAUUAGAAAGAUGCUAAAUACGUUGUUCCAACCCGGAAAUGACAAUUGUGUGAUCAUGAUUAAAAAAAGAUGGGGGGAAAAAAAUAAACAAUUUUUGCGACAAAACAUUGAUUAUCCAGAAAUUCUGGAAAGUUGCACGAGUUUUUCGACGACGACGUUGUUGUUCGAGUUCGUCGUUGACGUUCGACAAUAACGAUCGAUUUAUACAAAUAGAUAAAAAACAAAAAAAAAUUAAAAAAAACAAAAAACAAAAAGGAAAAAGAAGCAUUGAAAGUUCCUUCGUUACCGUCUCUUGUUUCUUUUUUUCAAGCUCCCAUUUUGGGACAUAGCGAAAAAUAAUUAAACCACACUCUGUCAAUUAAAUAUGCAAAAAAAAACAAAAAAGGAACGAUCCGGUUUGAUCGCUUUGAUGAGAUAAUCGAGAGUAAUAGAUUUGAAAAAACAAACAAACGAAACGCAACGAAAAAUAAACAAAUGAUCUUUUGUAAAUUGCAGAGCAAGGCGCGUUGAAGACGAAGAAAAAAAACAGGAAGAGUUACGAAUAUACAAAUCGUGUAGACGAAUCUCCGAGUUUUUUUUCAUCAUAAAAAAUGAGUUAGAAGUAAGCGAAAACGCAAAAAAUAAAAGCAUUAAAAAAACGAACGAACAAACAAACAAAAAUAACAGAACAAAUGUGUAAAUAAUUGCAAAGAGCAACACGGGAAUGCGAGCCCUUGUUUUAUAUAGAUACAUCGUGUAAAUGCAAUUGUAAAUAUUUUUAAUGGCAUAGUGCAGAAAAAAGCUCUAGCUAUAAAUGUAUCGUAAUUAUGAAAUUGCCAUUCAGCGAGCGGCGUGCACAAAGCAAAACGAAAAUAAUAUACGAGAAAGAGAGAGAGAGAGAGAGAGGAAUGAAAAACAUAAAAAAUACUAGAGAAAGAAGAUAUAAUUAUCGUUUUUCGAUCUCUUAUUUAGUCGCGUGUAUGAUACGAAAGUGUAUUUGGAUAAUGCAGUGAUAUGAUUCAUGUGUUUUAUGUUUUACUCUGUUUUAUAUAGGUUACAAACAUUAAUACAUAUGUAUAUAUAUAUAUGUAUGUAUGUGCACAUAUAUAUAUGUAUACACGCGCCUGUAUAAAGGACAUGAAAAAAAAGUA